AAAAUCAAAACACAUCCUGCUGUCUCCAUCUUUUGCAUCGCAGUGGCCAAGGGCAGAGAUCAUCUGACAAUGGGGCCGAGAAUGAUCUGGAUCGCUUUCAUGGUUGCCGUGACAGUCGCUCACAUUGAUGGAUUACACGUCGUAAAACGAAGUCUCGUGGACGGUGGAACUAAUGAGGUCAGUUCUGAUAAGGCCUCGGCGGCGUCCGCAGCAGCAACAGAAAGUGCAGGGAAAGAUGCAGCAACUACAGGGACCAGCGAGUCCUCCUCCUCCUCCUCCUCCAACACACUCGGGGCAUCUCUUGUGCCCACUAUUUCAAAGAUGGCUCUGUCGCCGAGCACAAUUGCGUCCAUCUUAUCAUCGACCCCUGGAACCAAGGUCUCGACUGAUAAAUCGACCACAGGUAACUCCUCUUCUUCUACAGCUGCUGUAGAUGCUAGUGCCUCGGCUACAGCUGCAGUUGCCUCACUCCCAGUUAAUUCGGCAUCGGCACGAAAUGCCAGUGCUCCUUCACCAACAAACACCACUGGUGCCAACUCUUCAUCAACAACCGGUACAAAUGCUGGCCCGUCAUCUAGUGCAAACGCCAGUUCGUCCUCCACCAGUGCGACCAUCGGUAUCAUGCAGUCUUCGUCUGUCACCGAUCCCAAAGCAUCCUCGAAUUCUUCUGUAACCACAAUUGCAGCUUCGACGACAUCAACAGCUUCAUCAAAUGCCAGUGCAGCAUCAGGUUUACUAUCCUCAGAUAAAAAUAGUGCAGCUGCAAAUGCUGCCUCCAGCGCCGAUACCUUAUUCGCGGCCGUUGUGAAUGCAUCACCUGCUCCUUGGACAGUUAACGCUUCCUCAUCUGAGCCUGUCACUGGAUCUUCAACCACAAUAGCUUCCGUCGCUUCCACUACACCCAUCACAAGUACCUCAACCACAGUCGUUGCUAGUACUGUUUCAUCUUCUGCACCAAGUACUAAAAUAAGUGUUAGUUCUCCAAGCACAACAGUGGCGCCUACAUCUCUUACCUGGAAGAGCUCUGGUUCCCCCGCAAUAGCGGCAACUGCAACAACUGGAACAAGUGCAGGCACCUCAGCAACCACAGGAAUAGGUGCUAGCACAUCACUGACAGGAGCCAGUGCCAUCACUUCAUCAGCAAGAGGAACAAACGCCAUCACAUCGUCAGCAACAGGAACAAGCUCCAUCACCUCGUCACAAACAGGAACAAACGCCAUCACAUCGUCAGGAACAGGAAUAGGUGCUAGCACACCACUGGCAGGAACCAGUGCCAUCACUUCGUCAGCAACCGGAACAAACGCGAUCACAUCGUCAGCAACAGGAACAAACGCCAUCACAUCGUCAGCAACACCAACAAGCGCCAGUUCGGCGUCUGCGACAGGGACAAACGCCAUCACAUCGUCAGCAACUGCAACAAGCGCCAGUUCGGCGUCUGCGACAGGAACAGGCGCCAUCAAAUCGUCAGCAACUGCAACAAGCGCCAGUUCGGCGUCUGCGACAGGAACAAGCGCCAUCAAGUCGUCAGCAACAGCAACAAGCGCCAGCACUACGUCAGCAACAGGAACAGGCGUCAUCACAUCGUCAACUACAGUAACAAAUGCCAGUACGGCGUCAGCAACAGGGACAAGCGCCAGUACGGCGUCAGAAACAGGAAUCAAUGCCGGUGUCAAACCUACAGCUGGGGCAAGUGCUAGCUCUGCACAAACACCUCCAGUAGAUUCAUCCCCAUCUGCUGGCGCACAAGUGAACAAAGUGGAUACAAAGGGUGUCGAGACGACGUCUGUGACAGAGGCAACGAACAAACAACAGGGCACGACACCAGCUGAAACUCAGAAAGCACAGCUAUCGUUGGAGCAAAUAAAAGAAUUAGUGCAAAUUUACAGCCUUCGACCAAGCAACUACGGUCGUUUCUUGGAAGCACUUCAGUGGCAGUCAACGAAGAUGGUCAGGACUAUGGACACACGCCGUCGAGUUAUCACCCCCGUGGCAGCCACAUACCAGGUGGUCCUCAACGGAGGUGACUGUGUGCCAUGGAACAGCUUCCCCUUCGACCGCACCCUCACCUGGCAGGGGGGACGCGCCACGAUCCAUUUCUUCAAUCCUGAUGGUCGAUAUGCCGAGCGUUGCCUUGGUAACCCUCUGACUGAAACCGACAAGGAGUGUCGUUUCCAGAUCGUCAUCCCCAACGAAAUCAUCACCGCGAUAGACACGCCUGGAUUCGUGGUGUUCAAUCGGAUUAUGCAUAUUCAACACCUGGGAGAUGUUCACACGAUUGAGAACAUGUUAUCAAGAGGCCCCGAAUUCAUGCAGAGAGAGGCGACCAUAAACGAGUUCUCGUCCUGCUACAACUAAACCUUUGGUAGUAGAACUACCACCCUGGCCUUGUUGACGCUGCCUGUACAAUCAAUCAACAGACAUAACAUUGUCACAGUGAAUGUAGACGCAUGUUCAUUGUUUACAACGUCGCACGACGUACUGUCGAGAUAGUCAAGGAUGCACCAAUUACAUAUGGCCUCCUUUCCAGGGAGUCAACAAUAUCACAAAUAUGUACAUAACCCCCUUUCCAGAGGGUCACGUUGUAACAAGUCUAUCUAUGAAUUCUUUUCAGAUUCUCACGGUUGUAACAAUUGCAACUAUGAAUACUUUUCAGAUUCUCACGGUUGCAACAAUUGCAACUAUGAAUUCUUUUCAGAUUCUCACGGUUGUAAUAAUUCUAUCUAUGAACACGUUUCAGAGUUUAACGGUUGUAACACUUAUAUUUAUGACAUACUUUCCAGUGAUGGUCAAACUUGCUUCAUGUCCCAUGUAUCAUGUUGUUUAUAAAGAGAAAAUUUAAA